GGGCGCUGUUUCCGGCAUCCUCUGGUGUUGAGUAAAGAGGAGGGGGCCUUUCCUGCUCAAGUGAACACAUCGGCUAUUGAGGAUAAGUUGAAGACAUAAGAGCUAAAGGCGGCUAGUCCGAAAAAAGGCAACCGCUAAUUAUUAAAACAUCGUCACCUGUCGGGUCCGUGCGGCUUCAUGCUCUGUUCCAGCGGAGGCGUUUGAGUCUGUUGGCGUGUGUGCUGCGCCAGGUGACGGGCCACAGAGUGUGGGAAAAUGCCAUCUUUUUCAUGGAGGGUUUGGUCCGCACUUGUGUUGCUUCUCUUCCCUUCCACUGUGGCUGCAGAAGAGUCAUCACUACUGGAAGGCUGGCAUGAUGUCUGGCUUUUCCGCUUCCUCAUCAACAUGCUGGGAUACUCCACCAUCAUCAUCCCUGGCUACCUCCUCAUUAGCUACUUCAAGCGCACCAAUUACUUAGAAACAGGUAGUGGGAUUUGCUACCCUGUCAUAAGAACCUGCGUAUUUGGCAGUGAGGCCAAAACAGGUCUGUUGGAUGACGUCUCAGUUGCAUCCAGGAAUGAGGGAGAAUCAAGCUCGUCAGUCAAGCAGGCCAUCAAAUUAAUCUUUUGUGCUGCUGGACUCCAGGCAUCAUACCUGACAUGGGGGGUCCUGCAGGAGAGGGUCAUGACUCGUUCCUAUGGAGCCACGACUCCAGAAGAGGAGGGAGAGAAAUUCAAGGACUCUCAGUUCUUGGUCUUCAUGAACCGUAUCCUGGCUCUGACCGUGUCUGGCCUCUGGUGCAUCAUGUUCAAACAGCCACGCCAUGGAGCACCCAUGUACAAGUACUCCUUCGCAUCACUCUCCAACAUCUUGAGCAGCUGGUGCCAGUACGAGGCCCUCAAGUACAUCAGCUUCCCCACCCAAGUCCUGGCCAAGGCCUCCAAAGUCAUUCCCGUCAUGCUCAUGGGUAAGAUCGUCUCCCGCAAGAGCUACGAGUACUGGGAGUACUUCACCGCCGUGCUGAUCUCAGUGGGUGUCAGCAUGUUCCUGCUGUCCAGCACCACUGGCAAGCACCCAUCCACGGUCACCACCUUCAGCGGGGUCGUCAUCCUCAUCGGCUACAUCGUCUUCGACAGCUUCACCUCCAACUGGCAGGACAACCUGUUCAAGUACAAGAUGUCGUCAGUGCAGAUGAUGUUUGGGGUCAACCUGUUCUCCUGCCUCUUCACCGUCGGCUCGCUGCUGGAGCAGGGUGCCUUCUUCGACUCGCUGGCCUUCAUGACGCGUCACUCUGAGUUUGCCUUUCACGCAGUGUUGCUGUCUGUGUGUUCGGCAUGCGGCCAGCUCUUCAUCUUCUACACCAUCAACCAGUUUGGCGCCGCCGUCUUCACCAUCAUUAUGACCCUGCGGCAGGCCAUUGCCAUCCUCCUCUCUUGUUUCCUUUACGGUCACGCUGUCACCUUAGUGGGUGGGUUCGGUGUCGCCGUAGUUUUCCUGGCACUUUUCCUACGGGUGUACGCACGUAGCCGCAUGAAAUCAGGACGACGGUCAGCGCAGCCGCUUGCACAGAAGGUGUAGCACUCCAAAGUCGCACCUAUCUGGGAACUGAGACCACGUUUUCUGUGGUGCUUUUUGUCUAUUUGUGUGUAUCUGUUGGGUCUGUUGUUUUUUUUUACUGUUCUUUUCCAUUGGUUUUUAUUUUUGUUAGCAAUGGUACAGAAAGGGAUUCUGCAGUUUUGACUCUUACACCAAGAUGCCCCCAAGGGGUUCAUGUGAUUUGAGUGCCUGUAAGAUUGUCUAUUACAUGUGUCCCAAACUGCACACUGCCUCUUCAGCUCUUUCGCAGUUUAACAGUAGAAUAUGUUUUCUUAAACUAUAACAUGCAGUAACCUUACACUGGCUUGUUCAGCCAGUGUAAGGUUACUGUGAGCCUGGAACAGGACUUCGAGCUAUAUGGCUAAGCAUUAAUUUUCAAGAUUUUAUGACAAUGUACCUUAUUUAACUGUAUCCCAAAUGUUUGAACGAAACAGUCACCUUCCAUAAAGACAACACUUUCUAUUUGCUAGGUUAUCUUCUCACUCCCAAUAGCCAGACGCUUAUCUCACAGUCCUCCAUGUUGGAGAGCAGAGGCCUUUAUGUGUCUUCGUGUGGGAUUUUAUCUUGUGAAGCUGUAAACAUAGCCUGAACAUAUGGUGCAUACAUUACUGUUUAAGGUAUAUUAACAUGUCCAUAGGCUACCUUUAGUAACAAAGGGUGGUAAACAACAAUUUGUUUAAUAAAGAGCACUACUUACAAGUUGUAUAAUUUCGCUCGAUAUCACUGAACCAGAUGCUGCUGUUGGUACUUUUUGCUCUGCAUUAUUUUGAGAUAUUUUUGUUGUUGUCUUCACAACAUAGAUUUUGGUUAAUAUUUUAAAUUGGGCUAAAAAAACAACAACAUGUAAAUAUAUCUCUUAAAUCAUUGUUUAUUUCCAACCAACUUGUCUGUCGUGUAACUUUUGUAAAAGGACUGCUUCAUGUGUUUCACUGUUUCAUGUGAAUGUUUGGAAAAAUACUGAAUGGAUGUCGAUGAUGCUCAUUGCCGUCACAAGGAUGUGAAGGUACUGUUGGUCCUGGGGGGGUGGGGGUUUGCAGAAGAGAAUGCCUACAAGGGAAAUGCAAUGUUACUGGUAACUUGUUUUUAUCAUUCUACUAUUUCCUCUGGUAACUGGAUUAUUAAUAAAACAUAUUAAAUUAA